GACUCGAAGAACGACGAGAGUGGGAGUCUCGCAGUGGUAGGGCGACGUUCGGUGAUGCAGAAUGAGAGCGAGGGAGAGAGAAGGAGAGAGAGGAUAGAGGGAAGGCGGUAAAAGAAGGAAAGGAAGGAGGAGUGGGGAGGUAGCGGCAGCAGCGCCUUGGCGCGCGAGCUACCAUAGAACUCGAAACUCUCGAAUUCCAAGCGACAGAAGAGUGCCGGCUCUCGCACGAAGCGGGCAUGGAUAUAGCUUGAGAGUGAAUCAGGAAGAUAAGCGUAGAAAAGUAGUAAAUGGUGUAUCAGUGAGCAUGAGAGGGAUGCACGAGAACGAUCCGUGGACCAACGAGUCACUCACCAACGUCUUUAUCCAAAGAUAAAGUACUUACGAUUGGUGUUAGCGAUUGAAUCCACGUCGUCGUCCUCGUCAUCGACGUUCUUGUGAUUUCGGUUUUCGGUUUCGGUUUCGUUCCGUUUUCAUUUUCGCCGCGUUUUCGUAAUACCUUGGUGUUUCUCACGGCUUCCGAAGUGUGUUGGUGCAUCGAGAAAGGAAAGGGAGAUAUAGUAGAUACGAUAGUCGCGAGUGAUACUUUCGACGGCCGCGGCCGCGGAGGGGAUGGAUUGUAGCGGCACGGCGAAGGUCAAAGUAAAAAGUGAAGCGACAUCGUGACAACCGAUGAUCCAGCCAAGGGAUCGCACUCGUCGAACCGUGCGAUCGUUCCUCAAGGAGUCCCGCUUCGAGAUGAUCGACAGAAAGUAAACCUUAAGCAUAGAACGCGCGCAAAGUCGGGACGGAGUCGGAGACACGACGCGUCACAAAAGUUCCGAGACGCUCGAUGUUACUGUCGCUUCUACGAUUCGUCGAAUUCCUCGUGAUAACUUUGGGAAGAGAAAAAUGACGAUGCCGUACGCGGCGAAUCGGCAGACGUCGCAGAAGCCAAUGUGCUUCACGUUGAUCCGGACAUUUAUGAUUCGUUUAGGUGCGAUCAUAUGAUAAAUGUAGAACACGUUGUAUCCCAUUCUUUUUCUUUUUUAUUUCUUCUUUUUUUCGUUCUACCGCCACCUCCCGAUCAUCGAGAUAAGAGGCGAUAUAAAAGCUAUGCUUUCGAUUCGAUUCUCUCGAACACGUUAUUUCUGUGAUGUGCCGUAUGUGAAAAAGCUAGCGCUCCUCGACGACGAUCGUAAUAGUAGGUGAAAAAUAGACUAAAAACUAAUAGACUGAGAUAGAAAAAGGGUCGGAUAUAAAAUUGAACGAUAAUCGCGGUGGAAGUGAUAGAGAAGAGAUAAGUCAGCCUUAGCGGUUCGAGCGCGACCGCGCGCGUCCCCUAUGCGGACCUUCUCCGCGCGUUAAUUCGUCCGUCCGUCCGUCCGUUCGUUCGUUCGUCCGUUCGUUCGUCCGUUCGUUCGUUCGUUCGUUCGUUCGUUCGUUCGUUCGUUCGUUCGUUCGUCCGUUCGUCCGUUCGUUCGUUUCGUAGAGCAAAGACUUUCCAACGUAGAGAGACGUAGGUAAACGAAGACAGAUGGACCGACGGCAAGAACGGGAAUAAUACGCGAGAGAAGAAAACCAUAAUAUGAGUGAGAUGACGAGCGUGGAAAAGCAACAAGAGCACCAACAGCAGCAGCAGCAAUACGUUGGUGGCAGUUCCAAUUCGGAAUAUCACUGCAAAGAUUGCGACUUGUAUUUUGAGAGCGAUAAGAGUCUCAGGGUGCAUUUGUGUUAUCAUCAAGAAAAUCUAUCUACGCGUUGGACAAAUCAAACGCAACAAGAGGAGAGUAAUAACAACAAUAGCAAGGCUGGAAAUCAUAACAGUGGCGGUAGUCACGCGAAUGUUAAACGCGAGAGCGUAACGGCACCGGCGGACUCGUGCGAGUCUUCUUCGACGUCGCCUUCCCAGGAACCAUCUUCUUCGCAUCACCAGCAUCAAGAGCAGCAGCAGCAGCAGCCGCCGCCGCAGCCGCCGCCGCAGCCGCCGCCGCCGCCGCCGCAGCCGCAGCAGCAGCCGCAGCAGCAGCAACAGCAACAGCAACAGCAGCAGCAAGAGCAACAACAACAAACGAGUCAAAGUUAUAAUCAUUUUCAUACACCAAUGUACAGCGAAACAAGUUACUUUAUACAAAACGACUCGGCCUACCUCCUCUCCCAUCAUUAUUCAUCGUCUCAAGACGACGUUUCGAACAAUGUCGGCGUUACUGGUGGUAGCGGAUAUUCGCGUUACCAUCCGUAUCAACAUCAACAACAUUUUCCAACGGAGCGUACCUGCUCGAUCAGCUCGACGAGCCCGCAAAGUCCGCCGCUUCAGUGCGACAAAUGCGGUGCCGUUUACGAGGAUGCGAAUCAACUCGGCGAACACGUCCGGACGAGUCAUUCGACCUCGCCUAACGUUUAUCCGGGUCAACCGCAGUAUCAACAAUUAGGUGGCAGUCCUCAACAACAAAAUCAGCCGCAGUUGCAUCCGUCUCCUACUCAACCGAGUCAACAACCGCAGCAACAGCAACAGCAUGGUUACGAGUAUAAUGGCGGACAAGCGAUGAAGUCGUCGGAAGUGAAACAAGAACCGGAGGAACAGGCCGAGAUCCUCGAUCUGGACUCCCACAAGGUUCAGACUCACAGAUACGAGGAAGAAUUGAUGAGGCUUCAUCAUCAUCAACAGCAUCAGCAAGACUUACAGAUGCAGAUCCAUCAGCAGCAAGUACUCCAACAUCAACAACAGAGGAGCGGAUCGCUUCCGGUGGGUUCUAUGUUGGGUUGGCCACCGGGCGGUCAACCGCACGAGUACCAUCCGGGUCUUCCAUCUAUGGGAGGUAUGGACAACGUUUCGCCAAUAUCCGAUCAGGGACAGUUCAUCCGCGGCCAACACAUGUCCGUAGUGGAGUCGUCCCGACAUCCUGGCUCUCCCAUUAUCACCAGCACGCAAACGAUGCCUACGCAUCAAUUGCCAGCGACUCUAUUGCAACAACCACCGAAAGCUCCGCCAUUGGCCAAUCAAUCGUGGAAGAGUAACGAGGCACGACGGCCAAAAACUUACAACUGCACCGCGUGCAACAAGUGGUUCACCAGUUCGGGCCAUUUGAAAAGACACUAUAAUACUACCCUUCAUAAGAACGCCGUGAAACAAAGCAAUCAACCGGAUCCGGCGAAUCUACCGAUAAGCGCGCACCAUCAUCCUGGCAGGGAUAACGGCGUCGGACACGGACACGGUCAUGGAAGUGUCAGGGGUACCGGCCCGUCGAGGUCGUCGCCAGAGUUAUCAUCCUCUGCCAGUCCCCCAAACUUGAUUGCAGGUCCCUCGGGCGAGGCGGCGAGGGGCCUGCUGCACACGCCCACCACCACCACCACCACCACCACCAGCACUCUCUACAACAACAACAACAAUUCCAGCAACAGCAGCAACAGCAGCAACGAAUCUUCGGUGGUAGUUCUUGCUCAACAACAGCAGCAACAGCAGCCACAGGGUUCAAUGGUUCUCUUGGGCUCCACAAUGUUGCCUCUCAAUUCCCCGGGUCAGUCGCCAAUGGCGGCGCAUCAUCAACAAAUGGGCUCAUCGCCGCCACAAUUGGUUCAACAUCAUCACCGGCACCAACAUCAACAGCAACAGCAGCAGCAUCAUCAGCAACAGCAACAGCAGCAACAACAGUUGCACAUACCAAUGGAUUCGCCAUCGGGCCAAAUCCACAUACAUCAUCCCAUGAAUUCUCCUAUCUCGGUAAUGCAACCGCAUCCGGGGCCCCAUCUGAGUUCGCCUUCGCAAAUGGGCUCGUCUCAUCCGCACCACCUGACUUCGCCUACAACGUCGGGCUCGGUUCACCCAGCAAUGGUUUCGUCGCCCCCUGCGAUGGGGAAUACUACGACCCCUCAACAGGUUUACCCAAACGCUUUGCCCCCCCACGUUACAACUUCUACCAGCAUGGGCCUGCUGGAGUCUAUCACCAUCCAACUAACUACUACUGGUAAUUCGCUAUUGCCGAUUUCUUCGGCCGAGCAGCAGCAGCAGCAGCAGCAGCAGCAGCAGCAGCAACAGCAGCAGCAGCAGCAGCAGCAACAACAACAACAACAACAACAACAACAACAACAACAACUGCAACACCAGCAUCACCAUCUUCAUCAGCAGACCCAAGAUAUGUUACCCGGUUUUGGAACUUUUAGUAACCAUCAAAGAUCUUUGCCGAGCUUCACCCAAUUCGGCAUUUCCGGGUUCUUGGUAGGCCACGAUCAAGUACAGGCCGUUAACGUGGGGGGGCUAAGUCCGGAGGAGAAUCGAUCUCCUCAAGACAGAUCCUUCGAGUCUCCCGGAUCCAGUUAUGAUACCUAUAGAAAUUCAUCGCCGCGAUACGAGUCUUUGACGAAUAUGGAUAUGUCGACUAUGCAAGUAAAUACCGAUGGCAUGAUUGUUAAACAAUAUGAGAUCGAGAAUCAACAGCAACAUCAUCUCGUGCAGCAAUUGCAACAACAAAUAGGUGAACAAGAACAACAACGGCAGCAAAUCCACGAAGCUAACAACAAUCUACCGCAACAUGUGCAAGCUAAGGAAGAACUCAAUCCGAACGUUGGCCUGCAACUCGAAGAAAAUCCAAAAGCGAAAAUUGCAGGCAUGCUCUUGAGCAAGGAGCAUCAGGUAACCAGCACAAACACGGGUUCGCAUUACAUCUCCCAGGAUGGUUUACAUAAGUGUAUCGAAUGCGACAAAGUUUUUAACAGAGCAUGCUACCUGACUCAGCAUAACAAAAGCUUCCACUCGGGUGAUAAACCAUUUAAAUGUAAUCAGUGCGGUAAAAGAUUCCCCCUCGAGUACCUGCAUGCGAAACACCUGCAGAAGCAUGCUGGCGACAAACCGUACAAGUGCGAGAUCUGUCCAAAGCAAUUCAACCACAAGACCGACCUCAGACGGCACAUGUGCCUUCACACGGGGGAAAAACCAUAUGCUUGUGAUAAUUGCGGAAAAGGUUUCAUCAGAAAAGAUCACAUGAUGAAACAUCUUGAAACGCAUAAAAAAAAAUCAAAUAAUCAGAAUGUCCUUUUGCGGGCGUGAUUAAAGUGGAUUUGCUGGCGCGGCUUCCGUCAGCGACAACGAGGACAACGGCAACGGCAACGGCAACGGCAACGGCAACGGCAACGGCAACGGCAACGGCAACGGCAACGGCAACGGCAACGGCGAUGGCAAUGGCAACGGCAACAACUACAACAAUUACGACGACGACGACGACGACGACGACGAGGACGACGACGACGACGACGACGACGACGACGAGGACGACGACGACGACGGCGACAACAACAACGACGACGACGACAACAACGACGACGACGACGACGACGACGACGACGACGGCGACGAUCAAUGUUGUGUCGAUGCAACCGAGAAAACGAGUCAGAGAAAAUACAAUUGAACGAUAUUAGCGAGAUAUUGGAUGUUUUCUCAAUGUGUGAAUUUCUUAUUUGAUUUAAGUAUAUAUUUAUAUUAUUAACAAUUCUAUUAAUAUUCUCUAUUUCUUGCACUAUGUAAUCAUUUAUUUUAUUUUUUUUUUUUUAUUGUUGGAAAUUCUAUAAACUUUGAGUUAAAAAAUAGACGUUCGAAAGCGUCACAAUACUACUUUUUAUAUUCGAUUUUAUUAAUUAUUUUAUUCUUCGAAGGUACGUCGAAAUUCGAUUUCUUUUUUUCUCAUUUUUUUUAUUUAUUCUUUUCUAUUAGUCAGUCUUAUUCUCUCUCUCUCUGUUUUUUUCUGUCUAUCUAUCUAUCUCUCUUUCUCUUCCCCUUUCUCCCCUUCUCUCCCCUCCCCCUCUCUCUGUCUAGUUAGUACUCGACAAAGUGAUAUUUAUUCUUACGACAACGUAUAUCUUAACGUUCGUAAUGCGAUCCUUGAAAGAGUCGCGAUAUUCAGAGUCGAUCGUAGAUAGCUUAUUCGUUUCGAGAGCAGCUCGACUCGAAAAAUCGCGAUCUUCUAGGAUGUUUCGAUCGAUCCAAUUUCGACUAUUUUAUUUUGAAAAUAGUUGCUAUUUGAUCAUUAUCGAUCACUAUUAAUGUCGACGAGACGUCAAACCUUCGAAGCUUAUCGGUUGUAUAUAAUAGAUUAAAUGUAUAGAUAUAUCGAUUGUAAUCUAUAACUAUAGAAUUCAUAAAUAUCGUUUGAAAAGUGAUAAUAAAAUAUUAAUAAUAUUUGUAUUUUACAAUAUAUAUUAUAGCAUAUUUGAAUAUAGAUUGACGAGAUAACGUGUUAAAAAAUAGAUCGAAAAAGAUGCAACUCGGAUCAUAAGAGUGUAGAAUAAUUAUUAAUUGAUAAAUUUGACGGUAAAGUUGGAUCAGAGAGUAGACCACGCACCGCGCGGUAGAACGAUUUUAUGAUAAAACUUACGAUAAAAAUUCAUUCGAUGAAAUUACUUUCUCAUCAUUAGAAUAUUUGACAUAUAUUUCAUUACAGGUAUAUAAUAAUUCAAUGAUAAACGUAUUUUGCCCAGAGAGUUUCAUCUUUUUCUAAUUAAAUUAUAACAUAAUUGCAAAAUAAUCGCAAUUUGAUCAAAGCGAAAACAAAGUUUGAUUCUUAAUUUUGGAUCUAAUGUUGUUAACGAUCUAUUUUUUUCGUUAUUGUGAUUGAUCCAAAAUAUUGAUUAACUUUAAAUCUUUAUAAUAUGCUUUUGGCUUCCUACUUAAAAUCUAUCUUCAAGAUUUAUUGACGAACGAGUUUAAAUUUUCGAACUUAUUUCAUUUUAGAGUUCAUAGCUCGUCAAUCAUUUUAAUAUCGAUUUUUCAUCAAAUAAAUGAAUCGUGACUCGUUCGAUUAUUGUUCCUUAUUUAUAAUAUAAUGAAUCAUUUUAAGAAAGUUAGAAUUCCGAAUAAUUAAAAAUUCGGGUUGUCCUCGUUGAUGUCAAGGAAAUUCUCUUCGAGUGACGAGCGGUAGGAAUAAAACAUUCACUUCGCUAGAACGAAAUUACAUCUUGUUAAGUAAUUAUUUUUGUUAAUCGUCGCUUAUUCGAUCAAAAAAGUGUUAGUUAUAUUAGAUUCCGUUAUAUCUUCUUAUUCACACUCGUGCUUCCUUGUUGUUUCUCCACUUUUUCUCUACCUUGUAUAUUACAAAGUUAUACGUGUAUAUAACUACGAUUAUUCAUACUCGACCUUUCACAUUUUAUUAAUUGUUUCGUUAUGGUCGAGCUCUACUGGUAAUAUAUAAUUUGUACAUAUUAUAUUAUAGAUAUAUAUAUAUGUCUGUGUGUGUAUAUAUAUAUAUAUAAUAUAUAUGUAUGUAUAUACAUAGAUGCAUCUGUAUAUGUAUACGUAUAUAUACAUAUGCAAAGGUAAAUAGAAAACAAACAACAUCUAAUCCUCUUACAUUCUUUUAGUUAUAAUUAUAGUAAAAGAAAAAUGAGAAGCGAAAGCGUUGAUGAAUAAUAUAGAAUUCUUGCCAUUUUUACUAUGUAAUGACACCCAGAACAGACUACCUCAAUGAUCAGGUAUUUAACGAUGAUUGAAAGAAAGAUAGAAAAGUUGAAAGAGCCAAUGCAAUAAUAAUAUUAAUAUUAAUAAUAAUAAUAAUAAUAAUAAUAAUAAUAAUAAUAAUAAUAAUAUAAAAAAAUAGAGCGAAGCGUACAUUUUUACUAAGCGGUGCGAAACCACUUUUUACAUUUUUUUUUACUAUUUACUGUUGUUCUUGUCAUCUCGCCAUAGAAUUAUAGAAGCAAAAAUAAAAACCUUCGAAUAAAAAUUACGAUUUUCUAUAACGUCCAGAAAUUCGUUUGAAACGAAAAGUCUUCAAUUGAUUCUUGCCGAGAAAGUUUAUAAUUUGCGUAAGUCGUCUUAACAGUAUAGUAUUUUACAACAGACCAUCUUCAAUUCAAAAGAUAAAAUAACUUUCUCUUUUGACUACGUAAUUUUACUUGAACCGACAUUAAUCGUCCUUAGUUUGUUCCGAGGGAAUGAACCAGAGAUCGAAGAAAAGAAAGAUAAGAAGAAAAAAGAAGAAAAAAAGAAGGACGCUCUUUUCUCUUUAACUUCUUUGCACCGUGUUCCUCGAAAAUGCCCGCCGAUCGUAAAAUCGUGUAAUAAGCGUAACAUAGCAGAGUUCAUAUAAAUUUAAUAUAGAGCAUGGGAUGGGAAGGGGGAAGAGAGAGAGAGAGAGAGAGAGGAGAGUAAGCGAAACACAAAAAAAAGGCGGAUGGCAUAGAACAACGUAAAUUUUAAAAACAUAUCAGCAGUAUUACUGUAAACUCUCAUUUAAUUGUUAAUUAUAAUUGAUACGUUAAUAAGGGUGCAUAUGAUAAUGAGUAAAAAGUGAGAACGAUCAAUAUACAUAUUUGUAAUUCAUAUCAUUAUCAUAUUCUUCAUAUAGAAUUUUAAAAAGAUGAAAGCGAAAGAGGGAAAUCUAACGAGGAGAGGAACGUCAUCUUUCUUCUUUUCGUUUAGAAUCGUGCGAGCGAGCGAACGAGUGAAAACAGUCGAGAAGAGAUAUUCGUUUUUGUUAAUAAAGAAAGACAAAAGGUGGAAAAAAGCUGUCGAGUGUUUCUUGCGCACAUUACUAUUAUGUAUAAUAUUAUUAGUUAUAUUUACAAAUAAUAUUGUCGUCGUCAUCAUUAUUAUUAUUAUUAUUAUCAACUACAAGAAAAAGGACGAAUCGUAGAUAUUUACUCCGCAUUCCGUUUGAUCGUACGUAGUUGUGCCAAAUACGUUAUGCGAAAAGAAUCGUUCUCGAGUAAGUCCUCGAGAAAACAGCAAGUAAUUCGCAAAGAAGUAGAAGAAAAGAGAGAAGAGAAAGAAAGAGAUGUGUGUAUGCGUGCGUGAGCAAGUAUUCGCGUUUAUUGCGUUUAUUGCGUUUGCGUCAGAAAAAAGAAUAACGGAAGAGAAGAGAUAACAAAGAAAGAUGUAUUAUUACUUUUUCGUUUUUUCUUUUUGAAUAAUCCCAAUGCAUGUCUAGAUAUUUCACGUGCCAUAUAAUGAAUUAUAAAAUGAAAAGCAAAAGAAAACGCGCGCGCGCGCGAGAGAGAGAGAGAGAGCGCGAGAGAGAGAGAGAGAGCGAGAGAGAGAGAGAGAGAGAGAGCGAGAGAGAGAGAGAGAGAGAAAAAGGAAAAUUUUCGGGCGUUCGAUUUAUCACGAAAAAGAUCAAUUUUAAAACGCACCGUCAAAAUUACGAAAAGAUGAUAUAAUAGAACACGCGGUUUCUGUUCCUUUUUUAUUAUACGUAUUUUGUAAUGAUCGAUCGAUAUAGUCGUUUCCCCGAUGUUUGCUAUUAAAUGCGCAACAAAGAAGGAAGAAGCGAGAUUAAUAAAGAGAAGUGAUAGAAGAAAAAAGAAAAUAGUUACAGAAUAUAUAAAAGAUAUACUAUUACUGUGUAUAUUAUUUUAUAUAAAUUUAAUUUUGUUUUCAUACAUAAAUAUAUUUUAUUUGUCAAACCUUUGUGAAUCUUAUUUUGGAUUGUCCACUUGUUGCUUAUACAAGGCGCGCAUUGUUCUUUUUAGCGGUAAACUUGAUUUUUUCUCGUAAAGUUUGUUAUAAUUAGAUCCAUCGUUCCUUUUUCCGAUACUCCGAUUAAUUUAUUAUCAGCCGUGGUAUCGAUUACGAAAGAGCGGGAUUCAUUAAUAUUUAAUUUCGAUAUUAAUUUUUUUCUCAAAAGUUCGACGAACGGCACGAAACGAGUUCUCUCGUGAUCGCGAUCGAUCGAUCGUGUUCUCAUGCGCGAAGAAUAAAAUUUAAUUUCCAAAGUCGUAGUCGCGCUUGUAACAGAUAAAAUCAUAAUAAUUCGUUCGUAAGAGGACGAGCGCCGUUCGAGCCUUUUCACGGCCAAAAUCGCGAUGUACCUUUCGUUUCUACUUUUUUGUACGAUACUUUUGCUUCUUCGUAAGCGCACGCGCGUCCGUUUUUAUUGGCCAAUUUAGUUAAUGACCGAGUACGAGCGUACUACCACGCGUUGCGUCGCACGUAUCAUCCGCGAGAUUCCAUGAAAUAUCCAUGAGAUCGUAGGGAGAAUCCUUUUGCAUCCCUUUCGUCCCACUCUCACCGUUACCUUUUUCUUUUUUCUUUCUCGACGUCUCCAUUUCCAUCUUCGUCUCUCUCGCUCUUCGUUUCUCUGUCUCUCUGUCUCUGCCCCCUACCUAUCGCGCGUUCUUACGUACGCUGAGUACCGCUCGUGCUCUCGUAACCUUGAGCAUUCUGUAAUUUAGCAAAUCGUUGCGGACUCGGCGAAAGGAAUCGCUCGAUUCGCCAACGCUUCGACCCUGCACGAUGAUCGUUGCGAGCAAAGUAUCCUUUCUCUCUUUCUCUCUUCGCUGCUACGAGAUGCGUAUUUCGCGAUAAAUUAGAAAUUACCGUGCCGAAUGAAGAGGUCGAUAAAACGUUUUUCCUUUACUUUUUUCAUUAAUAAUAAUAAUAAUAAUAAUAAUAAUAAUAAUAAUAAUAAUAAUAAUAAUAAUAAUAAUAAUAACAACAGUAAUAAUAAUAAUAACAACAAUAAUAAUAAUAAUAGUAAUAGUAAUAGUAAUAGUAAUAGUAAUAGUAAUAGUAAUAGUAAUAGUAAUAGUGAUAGUAAUAGUAAUAGUAACGAUACUCUCUGCUAUCAUAUCGAAUAGAACGCGUCGAAGGUGGCCGUAUGAAUGCAAAAUAGAAUUAUUGUAUAUCAAAAACAAAGUAUUAGGAUUAUCUCGUUUUUCUGUCCCCUUUCGAAUAAAUUUUCUUUUUAUCGAUGUGCUUUUCAAGAAUAAGGAUAAUCGAAAAUCGCCAAGCAAAGGAUCUAUUUUAUUCCUCGAAAGAAGAAGCGAUUACUAACGAGUGAAAAUGAAAUCGAUCCAUUCGUUUCUCACACGGCGAUACUUUAGAGCGAUUAAAAGGCUACUUACACUUUGCUCGGCGUAUGCGAGAGUCUCGCCGUAGCAGUUAGACUUAGGCAACGUCCUACCUGAUGACGAAGCAAUAUUGACGCGAUCUAUCUAUGAUUUAUUAAGGAUAAAGAGAGUGAACGGCGAAGCGAAAGAAAAACGAGAGGAACGGAAGAAAAAGAAAACGAAAGGAUACUCGUAGAAAGAGAUGAAUGAUGUUAGCUGUAUAGUGCACUACCCUCGCAACGCGCGUCUAUCACAUUUUUAUGUUUUCUAAUUCGUUGUGAACGAAUGGGGUUUUCGGUAUAAAUAUAUAAAUAUAUGAAUAUAAAUAUAAAUGUAAAUAUAUAUAUAUAUAUAUAUAUAUAUAUACAUACAUAUAUAUAUAUAUGUGUAUAUAUAUAUAUAUAUUUAAGAUAUUAGGUCAUUGAUAUCGCAAGUGGAAGCCAAUCAACGAGCUGCGUGUGGCUUUAUUUAUUUCUCGCGAGUGUUCCACGACCGAUCGAUCAAAUCUAUCGGAAAUUUUGCCGAGGAUAAACGAUCAAAAACCAAAAACAUUUCGAUCGUCGGAACAUGAAAAAAUCGCUGUUCCCGUUUAUAUAGAUACGUACGUAAAUAUUUCCUUUCCUUUUUUAUCGCACGAAAAGAAUUCGUACCAACCAGACGAUCUCCUAUUCGAGCAGAAACUUUACUUCGUCGUAUAGAGGCGACCUUCGAAAAGGCGAUCGUUCAAGACGUAAGAAAGAAAAUAAUAACUCUUGUUGUGUACGCAGCGAUAAAUCAAAGCCAUCCAGUCGCGAAUCGACCGAGUAGACGAGGACAACUCGACGCGUACACGCGCGUGCGACAUCGGAGCCGAACGACUAUCGAUUUAUUUAUAUACUCGUAUUAUACAUAAGUAUAACAUAUAUAAAUAUAAAUAUAGAUAUACAUAUAUAUAUAAAUAUAUAUAUAUAAAAAUAUAUAUAAAUAUAAAUAUAAAAAAUAUAUUCGUCCUUUCGAGAGGAGCACACUGCCGCCACGAGAAGAUGAUAAAGAGAAGAUAAGACGAAGCAAAAGUAAGAAAAAACGAUAGAACAAAUUUAAUGAUCGAUCGAUUGUAUAGUUUCACGUAAAUUCGUAUACACGUAUAUGCGGUUUUCUUUCCGUAUAGGAAUGUAUACGAGAUUAUCGUGUUUAUAACGUAUCUCGAUGAAUGCCAUACACAAGUACCUCAUGAUACAAAAUACAUGUACAAAUGUUCAUACGUUUUCAGGAUAUUAGCUAAUUAAUAAAUAACAAUAUCCAGAUCACA